UCUUUCUUCCGCACACCGCAAAAAACGACUUUCUGCUUUGAAUAUUCUCCGAUUCAGCACAGUUUAUAGAUGGCAAUCUUUACUCGCUGUAUGAAAGUCGAUAAGAAAGACGAGAAAAAUUUCGAAGACUCGGACAAAUUACAUUUGCGAUCAAGGUCCUCCAAGGAGUCGCAAAGCGCGAGCUCGAAUCCCGUGCUCGCCUGUUUGCCCAAGAUGUCAUCGAUCAUAUCUGGAUAUCACAUGGCUUCAGUCAGUCCAGGAAGAGUAGAGUAUGGCUGUAGAGCUAACAGAGCAGGUGGAAUUAGACGCCCAAUUUCAUUAAUUCCAAAGGAAGCCAUGGAAAAGAAGAAUGACCACAGGUUCGAACCUCAGGAGCCCACGUCUCCCAAAGUGUCGUGUACUGGGCAAGUGAAGAAGAUAAAACAGGCCAAGCAAAUACUAAUGAGGUCUCAGGAUCGACCCCCGCUGUCAUCUCAAACGAGGCCCCUUCUAUCGCCUCCCGGCGGCAAAUUUUCCAAGAUGAAAUCUUUUUUCUCCGGCAAGAAAGUGACGGAAUCGGCACUUUGCGAGUCCCCAGAUCAGAUUGCAGUAAAUAAUUGCCCUUCCCUUGGCCAGAUGAAAAGGUUUUCCUCCGCUAGGCACUGCGAUGCACUGGCAAAUGUAUGGACAGAGAUUCACAACAAUUGACAGAGAAAUGUAGUGAUCAAACGAGCGAUGCAAAUAUAUCGCAUAAUUGAAAUGUAGAGUUUUACUCAUAAUUGAAAGGCCAAAGACUUAAAUUAAUUUAUGUCGGUGUCAAUGGAUUAGAGACCAAGUCUUAACUCAUUUUUCAAAGGAGGCUUUAAUUUGAUUUCUGUUGGUUUACUGUAAUCCUUCAACGUUUGUCGGCCUCGUGCUCGGCGAAUGAGUUUUCUUCACUUUUCGAUGACAGAGACUUACGGCGCAUGCUUUAUUUGAAUAAAAGUUUCAGUUCAUUUGUAUUCAAAAUAUCAAGAGUCAGAAGUUGGAUUUUUCUUUGUGAAUUAAAUGCAUGUUGUAUAUAAUUUUAGUUUGA